GGUUUGAACAUGGGCACCCAGCCACACACUGUGACCAAGGCAGAGAUUCCUGCCCACGUUCUUUACACCGUAGGAACAUGUGUGCUCGUUAUUGGCUCCAUUGGCGUCAUCGGAAACCUCCUCGUUCUCUACGCGUUUUACAGCAACAAGAAGCUGAGGACACCCCAAAACUACUUUAUAAUGAAUUUGGCUGUGAGCGACUUGCUGAUGUCAGCUUCUCAGGCACCCAUGUGCUUCAUCAACAGCCUGCACAGAGAGUGGAUCCUUGGAGAUAUAGGCUGCGACUUGUACGCCUUCUGCGGGGCACUCUUUGGAAUCACCUCCAUGAUGACUUUAUUGGCUAUUUCUGUUGACCGCUACCUUGUGAUCACAAAGCCCCUGAGAUCCAUCCAGUGGACUUCAAAGAAACGCACCAUACAGAUCAUUGCUGUCGUGUGGCUGUACUCGCUGGGAUGGAGCGUGGCUCCACUCCUCGGGUGGAGUUCCUAUGUGCCUGAGGGCUUGAUGAUAUCCUGUACAUGGGACUAUGUAACCUACUCCCCGGCAAACAGAAGUUACACCAUGAUUUUAUGCUGCUGUGUGUUUUUUAUUCCCCUGAUAAUAAUAUUCCAUUGCUAUUUAUCUAUGUUCCUGGCCAUAAGACGUACUGGCAGAGAAGUUCAAAUGCUCGGGUCCUGCAGUAGGAAAUCCUACCUCUCUCAGUCCAUGAAGAAUGAAUGGAAACUGGCAAAAAUUGCUUUUGUGGUCAUCAUUGUGUUUGUCUUGUCCUGGUCUCCAUACGCGUGUGUCACCUUGAUUGCCUGGGCAGGUCGAGGCAACACCCUAACACCAUAUUCCAAAUCUGUGCCAGCAGUUAUCGCCAAAGCUUCUGCCAUCUACAAUCCCAUCAUCUAUGCAAUCAUUCACCCAAGAUACAGGUACAGUAAACAUAUAG